AUGGAUAUCACAUACACUUAUCAGAAAAAACGUAGCGAAUUUGGUAGGCAGUGCCUAUUUUCGGACCGCGGACCUGAUUUAAUAGACAACUAUCCCUCUAAUAAAAAAUUACAGCGAGAAUAUAUAUUGAGAGAUCCAGUAGACCGAAGUACAUUAUGUGCCCCAAUCCAAGCAGAACAUUCUCUAAACACCAUGAGAGCAGAGUACACCAACAGUGCCAUGAACCACAUAGAGGGUGGUUGGCCAAAAGACGUGAAUACUGCAGACGAAGAACAAACUAAACGCUACAGAAGAAAAAUUGAAAAAGACGAAGGAUUUAAUCAUACUAUGAUGCAACUUUUCAAAAGCAUGGAAAAUUGUAUUUUACAAAAUAACGCUAUUAAUAUUUACCAGCAGUAUUUUUCUGAUGUCGAGCCUACGCCGUUGGUCGAAAGAAGUUCCGCCAGAACCGUGAACGUUUAUCAAGACCAAAGUUCACCUACCAGACCGAUAAAUUGGAUAUCGUGGUCUCCGGAUAAUCAAUCAAAACUUGCAAUAGCUCAUUGCAAUUUGAAAUUUCAAAACUUCAUGCCUAAAGAAACUACUUUCUCUUACAUUUGGGAAGUUGAAAACCCAAAUAGGCCUUUAUUGACUCUCAAACCAGAAUAUCCAUGUGUCUGCUUGGAAUACAAUCAAAAAGAUCCCCACUCGUUAGUUAGUGGUCAGAUUAAUGGACAAGUAGCCGUCUGGGACACCAGAAAAGGUUACGUACCCGUGGAACUAAGCUUGAUGGAAAAUAGCUUUAGAGAUCCAGUGCAUUCUGUAUUGUGGAUUAAUUCCAAGAGCGGUACCGAAUUUUUUAGUGCUUCUACUGAUGGUCAAAUCAAAUGGUGGGAUACGAGGAAACUGACCGAACCAACUGAAUCUCUUAUUUUGGAUUAUGCCAAAGAUGAAGAACAAAAUAUCACUAAUGCAUUGGGAGCGUCUUGUUUGGAAUACGAAACUACUAUUCCAACUCGUUUCAUGACUGGAAGCGAACAAGGCAUUGUUGUAUCGUGCAAUAGAAAAGGCAAAACGGCUAUGGAAAAAAUGUCUGCCAGGUUUAAAGCUCACAUGGGUCCAGUUUUGGCCCUGCAAAGAAAUCCAGCAUUCGUAAAAAAUUUCCUCACCAUUGGCGAUUGGUCUGCGAAAAUUUGGUCAGAAGACUGCAGAGAAAGUUCAAUUAUAUGGACUGGAUUCCAUAAGGCGAUGCUAACAAGUGGCGCUUGGAGCCCAACGAGAUUGUCAGUGUUUUUCACUACGAGAACCGAUGGAAUUUUGGACGUAUGGGACAUUUUGCAACAGCAAAAACAAGGUUGCCUUAGCGUUAAGGUUUGCGAUGAAAAAUUAAGGUGCCUAAGAACUCACGAUAUGGGGCGUUUGGUGGCUGUUGGGAACCAAAAAGGAACCACUUAUUUGGUGGAGUUUAGCGAAAAUUUGUCCGUGUCUAAUAAAAAUGAUAAGAUGCUUCUAACUGCAAUGUUUGAAAGGGAAAGCAAAAGGGAAAAAAUAUUGGAGGCGAGGAGCAGGGAGCUGAGGCUCAAGCAAAAAACUAAACAACCCCAACAGGGAGAAGCUAUAGACGAGGAUCAAAUACAAGAAAACCUAAAAGAACUAUCUGAGCACCUUUUCGGCGAUAAUAUGGUUAAACAGGCGGAGCUGGAUUUCUACGAAAUUUUUGAACAAGCUAGAAGAGCAGAACUGCCUCCCGAACCAGAAGAAAAACAAGUAGUUGAAGCUUCCUCAAUGACGGAUGUACAAGAAGAACCGGAUGUAUCACCUCCGCCAUCUCCUGAGCCAGCUCCAGCUAAAGGAAAAGGCAAGAAAAAGAAGAAAAAAUAA